AUGCGUAACGAACAAUUACUGACUAGUUAUCGAAUUGAGAAAGGUGUCGGACGAAUGGAAAAACGUGAAAUCGAUGAACUAGAACCGUAUUUAGAAAAAAGAGCUGGCUUCAUGUGGCUACCACAAAGUGACACUGAUUAUCACGCAGCUGAAUUGUCUCAUAAAAAUCGCAAAACAAUUCAAGACGAACGUGAUCUGAUAAAUAUAUCCGAUUAUUUAUGUUGGUCGAUUGGAAAUUUCUUUCUGUUUUUUGUCUUAGGCGUCAUUUGUAUUAUUUUAUCUGUACGUGUUCGUGAAUGUAAACGUAGUAAUGAGUAUGAUAAAGCAUUAAAACUUUCACAAAGAACUUUAGCAAUAAAUAUUUUUACUACUAUUGCUGGUAUCUGUUUCGUUGUUACAAUGCUUGCUUUAUUAAUUAAGAAGUCAUCUUCAAGUUUUUGA